UCUACCUUUCCAACAGUGAAAGAGUUUCUGGAGCUUCGACACCUUUUUCAAAAUGCGGCUGAACAAACAGAACACUUCUUUUGUUUUUAAAAAAAAAUUAGAUUAAUUCCAAGGGAACAAGGACUUUUGGUGAAAAGUGAAAUAUUUAUCUAUUUUAAUGUCAGGUAUGGAGAAUGGGGGGGGGGGUAGUGAAACUGUUCUGUGAACUCUGAACAUUACAGCAGAAGAGCUCAGGCCUGGUUGUACACAGCUGUCUUUCCAUGAACAAUAACUUUUCUUUCUGAAUGGUGAAAGAUGGACCAGUGUAAUCCUGACCAACCUGAUGGAUUUCCACAAUUAAACAAGAGCAGUGUGCCUAAGAUGAAGAGAUCAGACUCACCAGGGCCCAGCUGUGUGUCUAUGAAGAGUGAUGACUCUAUGAAUUUCCCACUAAAUUUUAAAGAUGGAGAAUCCACAGCAGGAUACAGUGAAACCCAGAUGAAGAGAUCAGACUCACCAGGGCCCAGCUCUGUGUCUAUGAAGAGUGAUGACUCUAUGAAUUUCCCACUAAAUUUUAAAGAUGGAGAAUCCACAGCUGGAUACAGUAUCCUACAGCGAGCAAGAAGCAAAACAGAACAGAAGAUCAUAAUCACAGAUACCGGGUUCAAGUCUCUAACUACUGAACCUCAUCUUCAGGAGAGAUGCAAAUUAAAUCUGAUAAAGAAGUUUCAGCAUGUAAAUGAGGUGAUAACAAACCAGGGAAACCCAACACUUCUCAAUGAGAUCUACACAGAGCUCUACAUCACAGAAGGAGACAGUGGAAAAGUCAAUAAUGAACAUGAGGUGAGACAGAUCGAGGCAGCAUCCAGGAGAGCAGCAACAGAGGAAACACCCAUCAAAUGCAAUGACCUCUUUAAGCCCUUAUCUGAAGAAGACAAACCCAUCAGGAGUGUUCUGACAAAGGGAGUCGCUGGCAUUGGAAAAACCGUCUCUGUGCAGAAAUUCAUUCUAGACUGGGCUGAAGGGAAAACAAACCAGGAUGUUCAUCUCAUAUUUCCACUUCCUUUCAGAGAGCUCAAUUUGAUGAAGGAUAAAAACCUGAGUCUGAUGAAGCUUCUUCAUUUCUUUUUUAAGGAGAUAAAAGAAAUGAACAUUUCCAAUCUGCACAAAGUUCUGUUCAUUUUUGAUGGUUUGGAUGAGUGUCGUUUUCCUCUGGAUUUCCAGAACACAGUGAGAUUGUGUGAUGUAACUGAAUCAUCAUCAGUGCAUGUGCUGCUGAUAAACCUGAUCAAAGGGAAUCUGCUUCCCUCUGCUCUCAUCUGGAUCACCUCCCGACCAGCAGCAGCUGAUCAAAUCCCCUCUGAGUGUGUCAAUAGAGCCACAGAGGUACGAGGGUUCAAUGACCCACAGAAGGAGGAAUAUUUCAGGAAGAGGAUCAGUGAUCAGAGCUUGAGCAACAGAAUCAUCACACACCUGAAGUCAUUAAGAAGCCUCUACAUCAUGUGUCACAUUCCAGUCUUCUGCUGGAUUUCAGCCACUGUUCUAGAGAGAAUAUUGGGUGAAGCAGAGAGUGGAGAGAUCCCCAAGACUCUGACUCAAAUGUACACACACUUCCUCAUCAUUCAGACAAACAUUGUAAAGAAAAAGUACACAAAAAGCAGAGAGGCAGAUGAAGAAAUGGUUCUGAAACUGGGUAAACUGGCUUUUCAGCAGCUGAUGAAAGGGAACCUGAUCUUCUAUGAGGAAGACCUGAUGAAGUGUGGCAUUGAUGUGACAGAAGCAUCAGUUUAUUCAGGUGUGUGUACACAGAUCUUCAGAGAGGAGUGUGGGCUUCACCAGAGUAAAGUGUACUGCUUUGUUCAUCUGAGCAUUCAGGAACACCUCGCAGCUCUGUAUGUGCACCUGGUGUUUAUGAAUGAAAAGAGCAAUGUUCUUCAGCAGAGUAGGUUUUCUAAAAUGUCAACAAUGUUCAAAAAAAUUUCAAUCACAGAUGUCCACAAGAGUGCUGUAGACCAGGCUUUACAGAGUAAAAAUGGACAUCUGGAUCUUUUUCUUCGCUUUCUUCUGGGUCUCUCAGUGGAGUCCAAUCAGAUCCUCUUACAGUCCAUAGUGACACAGACAGGUUCCCACAGUAACCAGGAAACAGUUCAAUACAUCAAGAAGAAGAUCAGAGCAAAUCCCUCAACAGAGAAAUCCAUCAAUCUGUUCCACUGUCUGAAUGAACUGGAGGAUCAUUCUCUCGUUGAGGAAAUCCAACACUACCUGCAAUCUGGAAAUUUACACCAACUUAAUCUUUCUUCUUCUCAGUGGUCAGCUGUGGUGUUUGUGUUACUAACUUCUAUGCAGGAAGAGGAUGGGUUUGUUCUUCAGAAAUAUACCAAUGAUCAGAGUAAAUCAAAUGAGGUUCUUCUGAAGCUCCUGCCUGUGGUUGCAGCAUCCAGAAAAGCUCAGUUGAAGAAUUGCGGUCUAAAUGAGAAAGGGUGUGCAGCUUUGGCUUCAGUGCUCAGCUCUGAAUCCUCCAAUCUGAGAGAACUGGAUCUGUCUGGGAAUAAACUCAGAGACUCAGGAGUGAAGCGUCUCUCUGCUGGACUGGAGAAUCCUCACUGCAAACUGGAGACACUGGGGUUGCGUUAUUGUGAAAUCUCAGAUGAAGGCUGUGCUGCUCUGACUUCAGCUCUGAGAUCAAACUCCUCACACCUGAGAGAACUGGAUCUGACUGGGAAUAAACUCAGAGACUCAGGAGUGAAGCGUCUCUCUGCUGUACUGGAGAAUCCUCACUGUAAACUGGAGACACUGAGGUUGCGUAAUUGUGAAAUCUCAGAUGAAGGCUGUGCUGCUCUGACUUCAGCUCUGAGAUCAAACCCCUCACACCUGAGACAACUGAAUCUGUCUGAGAAUAAACUCAGAGACUCAGGAGUGAAGCGUCUCUCUGCUGUACUGGAGAAUCCUCACUGUAAACUGGAGACACUGGGGUUGAGUGAUUGUGAAAUCUCAGAUGAAGGCUGUGCUGCUCUGACUUCAGCUCUGAGAUCAAACCCCUCACACCUGAGAAAACUGGAUCUGUCUGUGAAUAAACUCGGAGACUCAGGAGUGAAGCAUCUCUCUGCUGUACUGGAGAAUCCUCACUGUAAACUGGAGACACUGAGGUUGAGUCGUUGUGAAAUCUCAGAUGAAGGCUGUGCUGCUCUGACUUCAGCUCUGAGAUCAAACCCCUCACACCUGAGAGAACUGGAUCUGUCUGAGAAUAAACUCAGAGACUCAGGAGGGAAGCGUCUCUCUGCUGUACUGGAGAAUCCUCACUGUAAACUGGAGACACUGAGGUUGUGUUAUUGUGAAAUCUCAGAUGAAGGCUGUGCUGCUCUGACUUCAGCUCUGAGAUCAAACCCCUCACACCUGAGAAAACUGGGUCUGACUGGGAAUAAACUCAGAGACUCAGGAGUGAAGCGUCUCUCUGCUGUACUGGAGAAUCCUCACUGUAAACUGGAGACACUGGGGUUGCGUUAUUGUGAAAUCUCAGAUAAAGGCUGUGCUGCUCUGACUUCAGCUCUGAGAUCAAACCCCUCACACCUGAGAGAACUGGAUCUGUCUGGGAAUAAACUCAGAGACCCAGGAGUGAAGCGUCUCUCUGCUGUACUGGAGAAUCCUCACUGUAAACUGGAGACACUGGGGUUGAGUUAUUGUGAAAUCUCAGAUAAAGGCUGUGCUGCUCUGACUUCAGCUCUAAGAUCAAACCCCUCACACCUGAGAGAACUGGAUCUGACUGGGAAUGAACUCAGAGACUCAGGAGUGAAGCGUCUCUCUGCUGUACUGGAGAAUCCUCACUGUAAACUGGAGACACUGGGGUUGUGGGAUUGUAAAAUCUCAGAUAAAGGCUGUGCUGCUCUGACUUCAGCUCUGAGAUCAAACCCCUCACACCUGAGAGAACUGGAUCUGACUGGGAAUAAACUCAGAGACUCAGGAGUGAAGCGUCUCUCUGCUGUACUGGAGAAUCCUCACUGUGAACUGGAGACACUGGGGUUGCGUAAUUGUAAAAUCACAGAUGAAGGCUGUGCUGCUCUGACUUCAGCUCUGAGAUCAAACCCCUCACACCUGAGAGAACUGGAUCUGUCAUGGAAUAAACUCAGAGACUCAGGAGUGAAGCGUCUCUCUGCUGUACUGGAGAAUCCUCACUGUAAACUGGAGACACUGGGGUUGCGUAAUUGUGAAAUCUCAGGUGAAGGCUGUGCUGCUCUGACUUCAGCUCUGAGAUCAAACCCCUCACACCUGAGAGAACUGAAUCUGUCAUGGAAUAAACUCAGAGACUCAGGAGUGAAGCGUCUCUCUGCUGUACUGGAGAAUCCUCACUGUAAACUGGAGACACUGGGGUUGCGUGAUUGUGAAAUCUCAGAUGAAGGCUGUGCUGCUCUGACUUCAGCUCUGAGAUCAAACCCCUCACACCUGAGAGAACUGGAUCUGUCUGAGAAUAAACUCAGAGACUCACAAAAGGAGAAACUCUUCAGUCUUAAACUCCAGAACUUGAGGUUGAGUUAUUGUGAAAUCUCAGAUGAAGGCUGUGCUGCUCUGACUUCAGCUCUGAGAUCAAACCCCUCACACCUGAGAGAACUGGAUCUGUUUGUGAAUAAACUCAGAGACUCAGGAGUGAAGAAACUCUUCAGUCUUAAACUCCAGAACUUGAGUUCAUCAUCUGAAGAAUCUUCAUCUGAUACCGACUCCAGUGAAGAUAUUUUUGAAUGAAAUGUGCUCGACUCACAGCAGCAUUUCCUGGACAGUUUUCUCUCACAUCGGAGAAUGAAGAACAUUUUGGUGAUUUUGCAGAAACGUGUACACAGUGGAUCAGAGACCCACCACUUAUCAGCCAAUCAACUAAUAAUAAUGUUCAUGAAGCCCUCAUUCACAACGCCAUACAUUUUAAAUUCCAUUGGUGUGUGUGUGUGUGUGUGUAAGCUUGUGUGUUUGUAGAAGAAGAAACCUUUAUUCGUCAUAUGCACACUUCAAGCACAGUAAAAUUCAUCCUCUGCAUUUAACCCAUCUGAAGCAGUGAACACACACACACACACUCAAAGCAGUGGGCAGCCACACCAGAGCGCCCGGGGAGCAGUCAGGGGUUCGGUACCUUGCUCAAGGGCACCUCAGCCCAAGGCCGCCCCACAUCAACCUAACUGCAUGUCUUUGGGGGAAACCGGAGCACCCGGAGGAAACCCACGCAGACAUGGGGAGAACAUGCAAACUCCACACAGAAAGGCCCUCGCCGGCCGCUGGGUUUGAACCCAGAACCUUCUUACUGUGAGGCAACCGUGCUAACCACUACACCACCGUGCCGCCCAUAUGUCUAAUUGAAACAAUUCCUUGGGAAAAAAUAAAGUUGCAACAAAAUAA